AUGCCAACAGAGCUUGUGUCGGUUGACCCAAAUGUUGAAGUAUGAUAAAAUGCAGAAAGGUUUGACAAGAAGCGCACUGACGAAGAAGUCGAUGACAGUUGACGACCACUGCUGCAUUUGAGAUUUACAUUCUUUUUUGUUUUAGGUUAGAACUGUAAGAUAUACUUGUCAUAGGAUUGUGCACAGCGAAAUGGCUCAUACAGCGCAAUAUCACACUUUCAUUCGUUGCGAGGGCAAUACGCUGCUACGCAAGCUUCCAGAGGAGGCCAGGCUCUCGCUCCGUUAUUUCGAGACCGUCGGUGUGCUCUGUGACUUUCGUCCGUUGCCCCCGCUUUCGUCCAGUCGGAAAGUCAUCGCGGGCAAGCAGUUCUACUAUGUAGCUGUCACCGACUGGAGUCUUUUCCUACUGACAAAGGAUAACAAAGUUGAAGGUUCGGUGCUACUCGAGUUACCGUGGCUCGGAAUCCGGGAACUGGACAAGACGGAUGCAGACAGCGACGACUUCGUGAAGCACGACCCGCGCAAGCCCGACUCGGUGAUUCGCUCCGUGGCAGUAUCGCUGUUCCCCGAGGCCGACCUAGCGGCGCUGCCGCCCGCAGCCAGGCGCAGGGCGGGACUGUCCGGGGGCGGUGGCGGCGGCAGGGGCUCGGCAGGCGCUGGGGCAGCUGCAGCAGCAGCAGGUGGCGGGCGCAGCGCGUGUUGCGGACCCGGUGGCGCUCAGGCGGAGCAGCAGCAGCAGGUGGUGGUGCAGCCUAGGCCGGUACAUGGGGCAGGGGCACGGGGUGGCAGUGGAGGAGGCGGUGGGGAGGUGUUGGGCGCGUGGCAGCAAGCUCCGGAGCAGCAGCAGCAGUGGCGGUCGCCGCCGCCGACGCAGCAGCAACAGCAACAGCAGCCGGGCUGGUCGGCUCAGCAGCCUGCUAAGGACGCGGGGACCGCUGCGCCUGCGGGGCGGCAUGUGGCGGGCGCCGGCGCGCAGGAGCAGCCGGGAGGGUGGCAGGGGGAGCCGCAGCAGCUGCAGCAGCAAGGGCAGGAGCAGCUGCGGCAGCAGCAAGCAUGGCAGCAGUGGCAACAGCAGCAGCCCCGUUUCGCGCCGCAACCCCAAUACCCGCAGGACUACGGUACUUACAGCGGCUACACAACGACGACACCAACAGGCGUGCCGUACCCGUACCCGGUCUCAAACCCGUCAUCAUCCGCUGCCGCUAACAACCACCCCCAGCACCACCACCCAACCACAUACGGUUCCAACCCAGCCGGCCAUCCUCCCGACCAGCGUGACCUCAACUUCAACCCUGUCCAAGCAGCUGCCUCAGCGGCUUCUCCCCAGUCACAGGCGCCAUACUCAUCGUACAGUGUGUACCGCGGGCCGCUGGGUGAAGCCGUGGAGCCCCCCUCAGGCGGAGACCUGACGGCCUCCCUCCGCGCCGCCGCCGCCGCCAACAGCAGCGCCCCGCGCCCCAACCUCUUCAGCACCCUGCGGCGCCGGGGAGAGGACGGGGCCACGGCGCAGGCGGCGGCCUUCUCGCGGCUGCCCCUGUCGCCGCGGCACAGCCGCAGAUCCGAAAUGGCCUCCGCCGCUGCAGCUGCAGCUGCAGGUGUGGAGGACGGCCUGAUGGGCAGCUUGGGACGCGGGCAUGGCGGCGGACAUGGGCAUGCGCACACCGCUACAGGCGCCGCGCUGGUAGCUCCCGGGGUGCCGUACACCGCACGUCGCGACCAGGACUCCGAGCUGUAUGCCGCGGUGGAGCAGGGCAUGCGGCAACUGGAGGAGUCGCUGCGGAGGCAGGCGCCGCCGCCGCUGGCGGUGGUGGUGCCGCCUGCCGUGACCCGUGGGUCGGCCGGGUCGGUGACGUCACCCGGGUCCUCCUCAGCUACGGUAUCCCUGAGCGGCGCAGCGGGGAGCAGCCCCAACCAGCUGAGCGCCUCCCUGAGGUCGCUGGUUAACGCAACAGCGGCAGCACCCGCGUCCACCGCAGCUGCGGCGGCUGCACCCGCACCAGCAUCAUCCUCCUCCUCAUACGGUGCCCGGAGCUCCUUCUCCCAGACGUUUACCUACCCGAGCACGCAGGCGGCGACAGGGGCACAUGCCUCAAUACAGCCGCUGCACUCCUCCAUGCGGCCGGGGAUGUCGUACGGCAGUGCGGGCACCGCUGCGGCCGCGAGAGGGGGGGCUACAGGAACCCCCUCCCGCCUGGGUGCAGGUACGGGUGCGGGUGCGGGUCCGCAGCAGUCCGUACCUUCAGGGACAACAUCAGCACCUCCCCACCCGCAGCCCAUGUUACCCGCAGCCCCGCCCCAGUCCCAGCAGCAGCCUCAGCACACGCAAGCUGAAGCGGCGGGCGACCCGCGCUCCUCCUCCUCCGCAACAGCAGCAGCAUCUGCGGCCCAGCAGCUGCAUGCGAGGAGCCCCGAGCAGGAGGAGCAGCCGCCCUUCCCCGCACACACCCGCCGCGGCCGCCGCUCCCGCAACCUCCCACCUGACCCCGCGGUGUUCAGACUGCCCAGCUACCCCUCCUGCCAGCCGGCCCUGCUGGCGGCUCCGAUGCCCGCGGCCGCCCCCCAGUACACCAGGAUUGGCGGUGGUGGUGCCGUACCCAGCCCGGGUACGACCGCAGCAGCAGCGCAGCUGGGCUGGCAGCAGCAGCAGCAGCAGCCGGAGGGUGGUGGUGUUGGUGGUUUGAGUGCCAUCGCGCAGCCUCUGCAGCGGCUGGGGGAGCAGGUGCUGCGGCGGCAGCGGCGGCUGCAACCCCAGCGUAUGUGGGAGGAGCAUGAGGAGCGGGAGAAGUCCAGGCAGUUGGCCCAGCAGCGGAAGCAGCAGCAGCACGCGGAGGGACAGAAUGGCGGCGGCGGCGGCUUCCCGGCGGAGGCAGCUCCUGCAGAGGCGGCUGAGGAGGCGUACGAGGACUUUUGGAUCGGGGAUUCGGAGGAUGAUGAGCUGAGUGCGGAGGAGGCCUUCCUGUCCACCUACCGCCUGGUGCUGGUCACCGUGGAGCGGCACAGCAACCUGUUCUUCCACGCACAGCGGGCCUGGCUGGGGGCGCACAUGCGGCUGGCGCUCACGCAGGCGGCGCUGCCGGGUAUGCCCCUCUGGUACGCGCCCGCCUUCCUGCCGCUGCAGAUCGUGUACGACCAGGAACCCCACCAGCAGCACUCCACAGCAGCUGCCGUACCUGCCGCCAACAGCUGGUACGACAACGCAGCAGCAGACACGCCGCAGCUGGGCGGACCCGGCGGGCUGGACCCCGCCCGGCAGGCGCUGCGCUUCUUCAGCGAGCCGGCCACGUUGGCCCGGGGUCUGCAGUCCGCGGCCGCCUCCUGGGGCUGGGGGGCGCUGCAGCUCUUCCCGGGGGACCAGCCGCUGUGGGGCGGGGCGGGGGCCGGGCAGCACCAGGAGGAGCAGGAGCAGGGGUUGAGGGGUGAGGCAGGGCCCUCCCCCCUCCCCUCCGCCCCCUCCCAGCAGCCGGAGGAGCAGCAGCAGCGGCAGAGGCGGCAGGGGCUGCGGCGGCCGCUGUGGGCGUCCGCCUCCGCGCUGUCCGCCGCCGCCUCCCGCAGCAGCAUAGACGGGCUGCUGGCGGGUUCCGGCAGGGAGGCAGGCGGCCGCAGCCCGCCCACCCUGUCCCGCCUCAACAGCCGAUCGGCUUCAGCGCCGACGGCAACCCCACCACCCCCGGCGCCACCGACUCGCAGCAGCUCCGCGUGUCCGUCAGCUCCGCCUUCCUGUCGCUGUACGACGCAGUUCGCUCCCGCCGGCAGGGCCGCCUGCAGGCCGCAGCAGCACUGCUGCAGCAGCAGCAGCAGCAGCAGGGCCGCUCCUCCCCCUCCUCUCCGCUGUACUCCGCCGGGCCUUACGGUCGCAUGAGCAUCAGCGCUAGUGGGGCCUCCUCCCUGGGGCGGAUGUCGCUGCAGGAAGGGGAAGCGCAGCUGCAGCUGGGGAGGGG